AUGGAGACGCCCCAGACGCCCUCAACAGCGCCUCCAAGCUGCUUCACCUGCCACAAACUCCCAGCUGAGCUGCCACAGCCCCUCAAACGCUGCGCAAAAUGCCAAAAGGCGUUCUACUGCUCCCAAGAAUGCCAGAAGCAAGACUGGAAGAAUCAUAAACGCCUCUGCGCCGCCCCAUCAACCUUGAAUCAGAGCUCUACUGCUCCCAGCCCUUCUCAGCAGUCUACAGGACCACACAACCCCGGCUUUGAAGCUGUGAACCGAAUCCUCGGUCUCUCUAACAACACCUAUUUGCACGACCUUCCAGAGAAAGAGGCCUUCGCUCAGCUGAUCGAUUGCUACAGAUUGAGAGUAGAAGAUGACUACGUGUUUACCGGGGACGUCAGCAUGAGUAGCCUUUAUGGUGGGGGGGACCCAGUCCGUCCGUUCAACCGCUUCUUGGAUCUCGCUGAGUCUAGAUCGGGAGUGUUGCCACCUUGGUGGAAUGCGGAGAAAAGACAGGAGUGUUUGAGGAUGUCCGUAGACCCGCACCAGUUCAGCAACAUCAACUGUGCUAUAGAGAAGUCAGAUAUUCAGGAACAUUACAAGAACAAUGCUAUGCCGAUGUUGCUACGAGUACUGGGGGAGAAGAUCUAUGGGAAGGGUUUCAUGUAG